AUGUCGAUGGCGUUGAUAUCCAGCCUAUAUCUUUUCACGAAGGCUGUGGUUUUGUUCCCUUUCACUCAUGUAGUAUCGCCGAUUAUCCGUCUCUGCUGGCUGAUCUUCAAGCAUUUGGUGAUCGUGCCUUUUGUGUUGAUGUUCCGAACGUUCUUGUUUGCGUUUGUUUACGUGCCGUUGACGCCAGUGCUUCGUACAGCCCGCGUUGAGUACAAUCCGGAUGUUCCAGUAGAACAAUGGCUCUUUGGUCUCGCAAUGGCGCUCAAGCCACACAUAUCACAAUUUGUUGUUCAUUUCGUUCACUAUACGAUGGUUAGUCUCAUCAUGGGCUCGGCUGUCGGCGUAGUGGCCGGGUGCAAUAUAGGCCUAGUAUCAAGACUCUUCACCAUUGCACCUGAGCAGCCGAAGCGCACAAAAUUUACACAAACGACACCCUAUGUGGAUAGGUUAGCCAAUAAGCCAUCUGUGAAACAAGACACUCUGCCUGAGGAGCACAAUCUUCCAAAUCGCACGAUGUCAGGUAAUUUGGAAAUAUUGGUGACCAAAAUCGCUUCAGAGUCCAACAAAGAUGUCAAGGUGAAGCAGGAAAAGUUAAACGACUCCCUUGCUAAAAUUGAGACAGAGAGUGUAAAGAAGCCGUUGGAGAGCGAACCUUCAUCGCUAAACCAUGCGUCCGAGCCUAAAUUCAAGGAUUUCCCUAAACCCUCGCCGCUGGCCGGCUUGAAACACAUUGGAAAUGACCCUCUCGACGCUUUGAGUCGCCAACUUUAUGAGGAUGAUGAUGGUUAUGGGCUCAUGGACUAUGAGGAUCUGGAGAAUAUAGACCCACAGCCGCCAGUAGUCAGACCGAGUCAAGAAAGGCGCAAGCGGGAAAGAAAAGCUCCAGAAUCCAAGUAUGGUGCUGGCACCCGCAAAGGGUCUCUAGUUGAUAUUAUCAUCGAGGAGGAGGCAGAAAAAGAUGCCUCGCCCAUUCCACGUUCUGCACCCAUGAACAUCUCACUGUCAACAUUACAGCUAGAUCUCGAAGGUCUGCCUACACUUGCUCCUACUGAUACCAAUGUUUCAGGCGAGUCCUCUUUCACCCGCGAAGAUGAACUCUCUAGCGUUGUUACUGCCCAUUCGGAAGAUCACAAAGAAACACAACGAAAGUGA